AUGAAUACCCACGAACACUUACAAACACUCACGAACACACCCGCGAACAACCACGAACAUCUACGAACACUCACGAACACACCCACGAACACUUACGAACACACCCACGAACACUCACGAACACACCCAAGAACACCCACGAACAGCCACGAACACUCACGAACACACUUACGAACACCCACCGAACACAUACGAACACUCAUGAACACACCCACGAACACACCCACUAACACUCACGAAAAUACCCACGAACACAUACGAACACCCACGAACAUAACAUUUGGAGAACUUGAUGACAACGAUUUUUUAUACACAUUUAAUCCCCAACAUGGAGUUAUCAGGACUUCCAAAGAAUUUGUUGAAGAAGUAUCGAUAGAUUGUAAUUUUAAGUAUAGAAAUAUAACCCAACACGUUACGGUAAAAAAUAACGCAAAAGAUUUGGAUCAUUUAUCUACAUAUCAUAAAGACAUAUUGCACGCUAAUUCAACGCCAGGUUCACAAUACAUAGCACCAUGCAAGCCGACUUUUCCAGAGGUUAUAUUAUUAUUUGAUGAACUUGAAGAUAUAACAGCAGUGAAACCUAGUUACCUCCGUAUUUCAUACAAAACAGAUCCCCAUCAUGGAGUUAUUAUUAGAAAAGCCAGUGAAUAUAUUGGAGAUAGAUUCUUUCAAUGUGUUUUUAAGUAUGAAGAUAUAGAAGAGUCGUUUGUGAUAAUCCUUCAUGUACAAAGUAAACCAAAACUAAAAAUAGUAAGUGAUGGGGAACUGUUCCACUUAGUAAACCAAAAUUCGACAGUGACUUGUACGGUGACAGCAAAUCCUCCACCAAAAAUUAACUGGUUUUUCGAAGAUAUCGAAGGUCUCGCCAUAAAACAGCUCAACGAAUCCAGCAACUCCUCAAAUGGCUUAAAUUACGAGUUUAAUUCCACUGUAACAAUCAAAUCUUCAACAGAUGGAUUUUUAAAGUGCAAUGCUUCAAAUAGUGAAGGGACGGAAGAUGACCAGGUUGUAUAUUUAGUUUCGGAUGUUAAAAACGGUUUCGACUUCACUGGCUUAGAAGAUUUCUAUGUAUCGCACAAUAACGUUUACCUUGCUAUAGACCAAAAAAUUUCCUUAAUGUGUGGGACAUCUGUAUUAGAAUAUUAUGAACCGGUAUGGUAUGUCAACAAGACUCUGGUGAAAAAGAGUUUUGGUAAAUUUGUUCUGGAUACAGCUAGAACCAAUUAUAGCAAAAAAAGUUUUCUUCUAAAAGAAAAAGCUGAAUAUACAGAUAGUGGAUACUACGAGUGCAAGGUUCGAAGAAAGUACUACCCACAUAUAAAUAUUCACUAUGGUUUAUCUGUUAUGGAUAAAUCGCCAUUACGGGUAGUUCUGAAUCAUAAAACAACUGUCAAGUUAAAUAGAACACACCCUAUUACCUUGACUUGCGAUGUCUUUGGUUUGCCAAAACCCAAAGCAGUUUGGCUCAAGGACGGACAAGAGAUAAAAUCCUCAAAGAAAGUGUAUUUUAAUGGAGUGCCUUAUGUAAGAUUAAACAUAAACGUUCUUGAAGAAGGUACUUAUGAAUGCUUAGGAAUUUUGAAUGGCACCAUUUCAAAGCAAAUCUAUGUGGAGUCUGAAACAACAUCAUCAAAGUUGUUGUUCAUAUGCCUUGGAGUAUUUUUAGCACUUUUGGUUUUCGUUGUGGCUAUUGCUUUAAAAAUUUACAAUUUAAAACAGAAAAUAGAAUACGAAAUGAAUCAAGCAGGUUUAGAUAACUUCAAAUCCGGCGCCAUAAAAAAUCUAAACCCGAAACUGGCAAUUGACAAACAAGCGGACUUGCUGCCUUAUGAUAACAAAUUCGAAUUCCCUAAAAAAAAUUUGAUUAUCGGCGAACAGCUCGGUUCAGGGGCAUUUGGUGUUGUAAUGAAAGCAGUGGCGAGGAAUAUUUUGGACCACGAAGACAUGACUGUUGUGGCUGUAAAAAUGGUGAAGGAAAUCGGUGAUCCUGCACUAAUUAAGGCCUUGGCAUCCGAGCUUAAGAUUAUGGUGCACCUUGGAAAGCAUUUGAAUGUUCUUAACUUGCUGGGAGCUUGUACUCGGAACAUUUUUAAAAGAGAACUCAUGAUCAUAGUGGAAUUCUGUCCCUACGGAAACCUACACAACUAUAUACAAAGACAUCGAAACCACUUUGUUAACCAAAUUAAUCCCACCACGCAAUCAGUAGAUUUUACAAUUGGGGUGGAGGUUCUUGAAAAAGUAUAUUCAGCUUCAAACAGUUCUGCUGUGGAAGAUCCCGGUUCCAGUAAAGGUUCAAGCGUAUAUUAUACUGCAAGAACUGAAAUGUCUUCUUUAUCCAACAACUGUGAAGUUAAUGAUGAGUUUUACCUAAGCAACAACUGCUGUAUCCAACCUGAUUCCGGAGCAAACUAUAAGGGAGACUGCAAAGAAAAUGUAAAACCAAUUUUCACAAAGAAUUUGAUAUGUUGGUCCUUCCAGGUUUCCAGGGGAAUGGAGUAUUUGGCUUCCAGAAAGGUUUUGCAUGGAGAUUUGGCAGCAAGAAACAUUUUGUUGUCUGAGAAUAACAUAGUAAAAAUAUGCGACUUUGGUAUGGCCAAAAGUAUGUAUACCAAUGUAAACUAUCAAAAGAAAGGAGAGGCUUUGCUUCCAAUAAAAUGGAUGGCAAUAGAAUCUAUAAGGGACAGCAUUUUCUCAACUCAAUCAGAUGUUUGGUCUUUUGGUGUGGUUCUGUGGGAAUUUUUCUCGCUAUCCAGAACCCCGUAUCCUGGUAUUUCACCUUGUAAAACCCUUUAUGAUAAUUUGGUCAGUGGUUAUAGAAUGGAAAAACCGGAGUUUGCCCCAAAAGAAAUCUAUAAUAUGAUGAGGGACUGUUGGUUGGAGGAACCACAAAGUCGGCCAUCAUUCGAAAUCCUGACUGAACGUUUGGGUGACCUCUUGGAGGACAAAGUUAGAGGGCACUACAUUGAUCUCAACGAUCCUUACUUGAAAAUGAACACCGAAACAUUGAAAACUCGAAGCGAUUAUUUGGCGAUGGUACUAGAUUUCGGUGUGCUAUCCUCUCCAGUUUCAGACGACUGCCCCGAUCCCUCCGAUUUAGACUCCUUGGAGAAAGUUGGAGAUAUAACGAGUACUCUGAAUAACUACGUUAAUAUGAAUCAAAAUUCCUAA